GCGUGUUGUUUAUUCAGUUUGAAAGUGACUCUGCGCUGAAUUAAAAUAAAAGGAAAGAAACAGUCGAGUUUUAGUUUAAUUUGUGUUCUUGUGAUAAGAAAGAAGUUUUAAGAUGAGUUCAAAGCAAGUAAUAAUUCUUGUAACGUUUUCUGUUCUUUGUGGAUUGAUAAUGGGGCAUAUAAUCAAAACGGGAGUAUGUCCAAAAGUUACACCUGAACCAAAUUUUGACAUGGCAUUUUUUAGUGGCUAUUGGAACGCUAUCUAUGAAACAUUACAAAAUACAGAUUGCCUAAGAUAUGAUUUCAUAUAUAACGGAGGAACUUCCAACGAUGAGCUUAAGAUAAAAAGACCUAUACUAACAUUGACAGGAACGUUGAAAGUUAAGGAUACCAACCUUCCUGCUAACAUGACUUUGAAGUUUCCGUUAAUGCCGUUAAUACCUAAAAGUGUAUUGACAGUCGUGACGACUGAUAACGUGAAUUAUGCGGGAAUUUUCAAUUGCUAUAAUUUUAUUUCUGAUAAUACGCAAUUUCACCGUCAAUCAGUAACAUAUUUAUCUCGCUCUGUGUCUUGGCUGGAUAUCAAAGACACAUUUCACCCUUGUUGCAAAAUCAGAGAAUGUAAACAUCAACGUUUUUGCUUUCGAAAUAAUCAAACAAUUCUCAAAAUAAUAAAAUUAAGUGAAAUGGAAGAAAGCUUAUCGGAGGAUAACAAAAACCCAGACGAGACAGAAGAUGCAGAAAACAGUAAUGAAGGAUGGGUUGGACCAUUACCUACAGAAGCUACAGAACCACCGGUGAAAAAGCGGAAAGUUUUACUUCAUGAGAAACUUUUCCUCAACAACUUACCAAAUACUGAAGCCUAUGAAAAGUCUUUCAUGCAUCGUGAUCAGAUUUCAUUUGUCGUAUGUGCAAAAACAGAUUUCAUAAUUACAGCAUCUUGUGAUGGUCAUGUAAAGUUCUGGAAGAAAAAUGAAGAAGGCAUUGAGUUCGUAAAGCAUUUUCGUGCACAUCUCCAACCAAUUACAUCUUUAAGUGCAAAUGUUCAAGGAUCCUUACUUUGCACAUCCUCUCUGGAUAAAACUGUGAAAAUCUUCGAUAUCAUAAAUUUUGACAUGAUUAACAUGUUGAAGCUUGAUUUUACACCUGGUUGUACUUGUUGGAUUUACUCUGCUGGAGAUACAAUUCCUUGUUUGGCAAUAAGUGAUGCUGAUUCACCAACAAUAAAGAUUUUUGAUGGUCAAGGAACAAACACGCCACUUCAUGUCAUGGAAAAGCUUCACACAAAGCCUGUCACAAGUCUUACUUACAAUGCACCAUUUGAAACUGUCAUUUCAGUUGAUAAAGCUGGAAUAUUGGAGUAUUGGCAAGGACAUAAACAAAAUUAUUCUUUCCCCGAAAAACUCGUUCAAUUUGAGUCAAAAUUAGACACAAGUCUUUACGAAUUUGCAAAAAAUAAGACGAUUGUUGCAGGCUUAGUAGUGUCACCAGAUGGUCGAAAGUUUGCAACAAUAUCAACUGACAGAAAAGUUCGAUUAUUUCAAUUUCUUACUGGCAAACUUACACGUGUGUUUGAUGAAACAUUGGCAAGAAUUGCAGAAGCUCAACAAACAAAUCAUGCAAUUCCCAACAUGGAAUUUGGAAGACGAAUGAACAAUGAAAAAGACAUUGAAAAGACCGACUCGUUACUUUACAAUAACAUAAUGUUUGAUCAAAGUGGACACUUCAUUCUUUACUCCACAAUGAUUGGGAUAAAAAUUGUAAACAUUGAAACAAACAAAUGUGCAAAGAUCCUUGGGAAAAGUGAUAACAUUCGUCCAUUAAACAUAGCAAUGUUUCAGGGAAAAGUUAAAAAGUCAACAGCAGCACCGACACUUGAACAAGAAGGAAGCGAUAAUCCCACAAUGGCUCUAGCAACGAAUGAUCCAAUCGUUUUCUGCACAGCUUAUAAGAAGCAACGUUUUUACCUUUACAGUCGUCGACUUCCUUCCGAUUUGCAAGAUGUUGAUCGUGAUGUGUUCAACGAACAACCUUCGAAAGAAGACAUCUUGGCUGUCACUGAGUCAAAUCCUGUUCAAAAGAUCUUCGAUAAUGCAGUGAUUCAUACAACUUUCGGUGAUAUUCACAUGAAAUUGUUUGGGAAGGAAUGUCCAAAGUCGGUGGAAAACUUUUGUGUUCAUGGGAAGAAUGGAUACUUUAAUGGGCACAUUUUCCAUCGUGUCAUCAAGGGAUUUAUGAUACAAACUGGUGACCCAACAGGUAGUGGAACUGGUGGACAAUCGAUAUGGGGACAUGACUUCAAAGACGAAUUCUCAUCAAAUCUGAAGCAUGAUCGACCUUACACGUUUAGUAGUAAAAGUGUUUUUAAGAUGUUAUGUUUCGGUAAUAAAGCAUUGCGGACGCAACAAAAUGCUAUUGCUACAGGAACAAUUUUAAUGUUAAGCAGUGGCAUUCAAAUCGGUUAUGGAAAUUUUAAUUGGAUGCAUUCAGAAGCAGCAUGGUCGUCGAAUAUAUCACAAAGAUAUUUGAAUGCAGCAAUAGCGUCGUGGUAUUUUGGAAGUAUUUUAGGAUUUACACUCUCACCAGUAUUACAGAAUUUCAUGAACAAGAAAUUUAUUUAUUUAAUAGCGGAUGUAGUUGUUGGCACAAGUGCAGUGUUCAUGAUUGCAUUUCCCAAAUAUUACGAGACGGUAAUUUCAACGAGACUCUUUAGUGGAAUUGGACAUGGUUUGGCUUAUGUCGUUUUGAUUCAACAUUUUGGACAAAUUGCUGAUAAAAAUGUUCGUGGGAAAAUUGGAACAUCAAUUUACUUGUUUAUUUUGAAAGGUGGAAUAAUAUCUGGAGAUUUGGUGAUAGAAGUUUUCACGUCAGAAGACCGAAUGGAUGUCAAUAGAUUUUUUGGAAUUAUCAUUCUUUCGUUGAGUGUUCUUGCAACUAUUCUGGCAAUCGUUUCUUACAAAGAAUCGCCAGUUGAUUUGAUAUUGAAAGGAAAACAAGAGAAAGCUUUCAAGGCAUUGGUGUUGAUAAGAAAUGAACAAGAUGAAGCUGAUGAAUUACAAAAAGAAUUCAAAGAUUUGGAAGAAAUGGUGAAAGAAGAUCAGGAAGCUGGCUAUGGGAUAUUCGUAAAGGAAAACAUCGCACCACUUGUAAUCGUUAUCCUUCUCCGAUUGGCGUUUGUUUUAAUAUCCAAAUACGGACUCAAAAUAAUUCACAUUAUGAUGGAACCAGAAUUUAAUGGCUUUGAUUACACUUUUAUACUGAAUGUUGGUCACACAAUCUCGGUGAUUAUUGUUAUAUUCACGAUCGAUUUUGGAAGACGAUUUCAUUACUUUCUAUCAAGUUUCACAACAUCAAUAAUUUUAAUUGUGUUGGGACCACUUGCGGCAGUUUUUAUCGAUUCUAAUAUCUUAAAGAUCUUUUUCUUUAUUGGGUUUGAAAUUUUCUCAGCGAUAGGCAUUGGAAUGAUGUGUCACAUUUACUCUACCGAAGCGUUUCGAACACUUCGAAUGGCAAAGUCAAUUGCUUUUACUGCGUCAAUUGAAAACUUUGUGCAAGUUCUCUUUAUGAUUUUAAUGGGGAAGAUCAUCUACUCAACUUUAUUUGAAGUGAUUUUCUUUAUAACUUCUGGAAUAAUUUUAGCAAUAAUUUCAUUAUUUUUAUUUUCUAACAUUCCUGAAACUAAAAAAUUAACAAUGCGAGAAGCCAGAAAUGAAUUCUUGUCGCCUUUAAAUUUCAAAAUUUACAAGAAACAUUUUGGCAUUAAAGCAAAAUAUGAAAUUAACGUUGUAACAAUUUUAUUAACUUUAAUGAUGAAAGUUCGAUUAGGUUUGACGGGCGCUAAACCGCCACCAAAUUGCUUGAACUAUCAUUUGUUCUACAAUGAUGCUAAGACUCAUAUCAACAUACGUCGUCUUCAUGAAAGAAACUUACAAGAAGGAUACGAUCUGGUGAUGUUGGAAAAUGAUGUCGGGUACAAUGAACCGUUUUACAAUUCAUUCAGUUUGUUUGCUGAAUUUACAGGAAGAAACAGAAAAGCUGAAACUUUAACAGCAGUUGCAACUUUACUUCGUGACAAAGAUAUAGAAUUAAGUGCAGUUAAUUUAUUGUUUGAUAAGUGCCUCGAGUGCACGAAUGUUACGUUAGAGUCUCAUUCCCAAUAUCGAGCAAUUAAUGGAUAUGGAAAUAAUUUAUUGAACCCUAACUGGGGAUCUGCUUCAAUGCCGUUCUCUAGAAGUGGGCCUAAGGUAUAUGACGAUGGAAUUCAUUCAAUAAGGAGAAGUUUAACGGGCUCAGAUCUGCCAAGCACACGACUUAUUGUUCAAGAAAUAUUGACACAAGCUGAGAAGUCUGGUCCACCGUCAGACCAUAAAAAUGUUUUCAUGGGUUUCCUUUUACUCUAUUUAGUCUUUGACAUGGCGUUUCAAGUUCCUGUUGAAGCUUUUAAACCAGAUGAAAGGAUCAGAUGCUGUUUUAUUGAAAACGAGAAAAUUCUUGCAGAAGAAUUCUUGCACUCAGCAUGCCUUCCAAUUUCUGUUGGACAUGAAGAUUCUUUUUAUAAAUCUGAACACAUACAUUGCUUGAACAUGAUUCGAUCUCAACAAGCAACUCAUCCUUGCUCUAUUCAAUACGGUGAGAUUCUUAAUAAAGCAACUUCAUUCAUUGAUCAUUCUCAGAUUUAUGGACUUAGUGAUGACGAAGCUUUAUCGAUUCGAACUUAUUCGCAAGGCAAAAUAAGAAUGGACCCGAAAAACGUUAUGCCAGUCGGCAGUAAUGGAAAUUAUCUUGAAAGCAACAAUCGACUGACAAAGACUCCACUUGCAAUGGUUUGGCCUUCAAUAUUCUCUCGAAAUCACAACAUGCUUGCAGAAGGCUUAGCUGCUGCUAAUCCCCAAUGGAACGACCAAAAACUUUUCAACGAAGCUCGACGUAUAAACAUUGCGAUUCUUCAAGCGAUUGUUAUUGAUGGCGGAGUUCUUCAUAAUGCUUUUGGAUUAGAUGUCGAUGAAAAUUACAACGACGACAAAGAUGCAUCCAGUUCUAUUGAGUUCACCACAAUUGCUAAUCGAAUGGGACAUGCUUUUGUUCAACCUAAACUUUUCAUUGCAAAUGAUAUCCAAAACAUUCAAAAGAUUCCAACCUCCGAUACUUUGAAUCGAGUUGAUCUGUUGGAAGACAAUUAUGAAGGAAUUCUUAUCGGUGCCCUUCUUCAAAAUUUGAAUUUUCAUCCAUACACUGAUGAAAUUAUUAAUAAAUUUGCUAAAAAUGAUAAAGGAAUGGGACUCGAUGUAAUCGCAAUUGACAUUCAAAGAGGAAGAGAUCAUGGCGUUGCUUCAUACCUGGAAACAAGACGAAAAUGUGAAUUGUCUGCUGAUUUCCACAGUUUUGAUGACUUGGAGGCCAUUCUUAUGCCACAGCAUGUCGACUUAUUGAAGGAAGUUUACGAUGACAUUGAAGACAUUGACGCAUUGGUAGGCGGAACAUUAGAAACAUUUGGAAGUUUGAAUUCACAUCUGUUUGGAGAAACUUUAGUUUGCAUUUUCCGUGAACAAUAUCGUCGAGCAAUGGCAGGAGAUGCUUAUUGGUAUUCGCAUGAAACAAAUCCUUAUCCAUUCACCGAAGAUCAACUCACAGCGAUUCGAGACUUUUCUGUUUCUCAUUUGUUGUGUAAGAAUUCUAAUCUUGAAUCUGUGCAAAAACUUUGGUAUUUGGUUCAAACAGAUUCAGGAGAAAAGGAUAUGUGUGCAGAUUUAAGUUCAUUCAAUUUCCAACCUUUCACGGAAUAAAUUAUUCAACUGUUUAAAUAGUUUUAUGUUCAAAUAAAACCAAAACAUUUUUAUUAUUCAUUCGUGUGGAAACUAAACAAUUCAGUAAACUUGGAAUAUUAAGUUCAACAAUAAAUAUUUAAAUUAUUAUC